AUGGAAAAGCCUUUACUUUCAUCACAACGGGUAGUAAUUCUGAAAGCGUUUCGAAAUGUGGGAUCUCGCUUUACGGGAUCAUUUGGAUUUAAAAUGAGCGAAGGAUGCCAAGAAUCAAUCGAUGAGAUCAACUCCACAUUCGCUUCCACUGCCGCAGUUGCAGAAAAUCUGUUUUACUCCACAGCCUAUCCUGUAAUCAUUGUUCAUUGUGUGCUCUACAAGCUACUGGUUUACAACUCGGCGAGCACUGUCUAG